AUGUACUGUCUGCUCAAUAAGAAUAUUGAAAGUAAAGACAUAACACGCUUGCACAUAAUCUUCUGUGAAGAGGACCAGAAAAAUAAUCUGGCCACAGUCUCCGCCUACUUCGACGUUUGGUGGAAGGAUGAGUUUCUUGCAUGGAAUACUACAGAUUAUGAUGGGAUUUCUAAAGUAUUUGUUCCGAUGAAAUGGAUUUGGAAACCAGAGUUCUACAUGUACCAUAGGUUAGUUGUAUUUUUUUGCAUUUAACU